CCUUUCUCUGCCUCCCGCCGGCUCUUCCAUUAUCCUCCCUCCCCUCCCCUGCCCACGGUCUAUAAAAGGAGCGGCCGGCAGGGGGUUUCUUUCUCAGUCCGCUGCGGAGGCACGAGCGGUGGGUCCGUCUCCCGGCCGGGACGCGCGUGCCGCCGAGACAGCCCGUCAGCCGCGGGUUGCAAGGGAGGAGGAGGAGGAGGCGACGACGCCGACGAAGACGAGGACGACGCCUUGCUCCGUCCUGGUCCGCGGGGCCAUCUCUGGGUCGCCUCCUGCGGCACCCUUCCUCUCCCUCCCUCCCACACACACACCCGCCACCCCGCAGCAGUGCCAGCUCGUCCGGCCCGGCCGCCGGGCUCUGUCGGGGCCGCCUUCGAGGCCUUCCCACCCCCGCCUGCGCGGCCGACUGGCCCCCCUCCGCGCCGACGCCAUGAGCUCGGGCACGCCGUACAUCGGGAGCAAGAUUAGCCUCAUCUCCAAAGCGCAGAUCCGCUACGAGGGCAUCCUCUACACCAUCGACACCGACAACUCCACCGUCGCCCUCGCCAAGGUGCGCUCAUUUGGAACCGAAGAUCGUCCCACGGAUCGUCCUGCUCCUCCAAGAGAGGAAGUUUAUGAAUAUAUCAUAUUCCGAGGGAGUGACAUUAAAGACAUCACUGUAUGUGAGCCUCCAAAAGCACAGCAUAAUCUGCCCCAAGAUCCUGCUAUUGUCCAAUCGUCUCUCAGCUCUGCGUCUGCGUCCUCUUUUCAACCUCAUGUGCCUUACAGUCCUUUCAGAGGGAUGUCAUCCUACAAUCAGCUUGCCGCCAAUUCUUUAAUUGGCCAGCAGUAUGCAGCAUCUCUUGGUUUAGAGAAGCUGGUAAGCCCUCCAGCAUCAGCAGCUGCUUCCAGUCCUAGCACUUCUUCAUCUCCACAGCCAGUUUCAGAGCCUGACAUGUCAUCAGAGCCACAUCUGCUGUCUUCUAAGGGUGCUGCUUUUCCAUCUGUUCAUUCAGUGCGCAAAAGUCCAAUGGUGGAGCAGGCUGUUCAGACUGGCCCACUGGAUAACAGCUUGAAUCCCAAAAAGGCAGUCAAAGCUCCUCCAGCCAUUCCACGCAACACCCGUCAGAUUCAGCAGAAUAACAAGACAAAUGAUAUAGUUGACCCACCACCUGUGCAAACGCAAGGGCAGGUGAAUGAUGAGAAUAGAAGGCCCCAGAGGAGGAGAUCAGGAAAUAGAAGAACUAGGAAUCGUUCUAGAGGACAGAAUCGACCAGCUGCUGUGAAAGAGAAUACAAUAAAGUUUGAAGGUGACUUUGAUUUUGAAAGCGCCAACGCGCAGUUCAACCGAGAAGAAUUGGAUAAAGAAUUCAGGAAGAAACUUAAUUUCAAGGAUGAUAAAGUUGACACCAGUGAAGAAAAGGGAGAGCCUACUAUGGCUGCUGAAAACUGUGAUGGCAAUCCAGAUGAAGAUCUACUGGGACCCAACUGCUAUUACGACAAAACAAAAUCUUUCUUCGAUAACAUCUCAUCAGAACUGAAGUCUAGUUCACGGCGUACAACAUGGGCUGAAGAGCGGAAGCUGAACACAGAGACUUUUGGUGUUUCUGGACGAUUUCUCCGUGGCCGCAGUUUUCGGGGGGGAUUCCGUGGUGGAAGGGGGUCUGGAGCCGGGCGGCGAAAUCAGGCUACUCCCAGAGUUGGUACUGGAAGAGUUUGAAUUCUGCAGAGCUUUCAACCACACUGCUACGAAAAAUCAUGUACAUAGGAAGGAGGGAACAAUACAAACUGCUGCACUUAAAAGAAUGGGUGAAUGAAACUUUUACCUUCACAAGCCUGAAAUUCGGAUGGGAUUAUUGUUAGUCUAUCACAGCAGAUGGGAGCACUGGGAUUACUUCAACGGGAGUGUGCUCAGGAUCCACCGAUUCAAGUUCUCUCCCCCCCCCAAUUUUUCUCUUUUUGCGGGUGAGGGUCUUUUGCAAGUAGUGCAAGGAACCUGUGCUGCUUCUCAGUUCUAGCCGCUGUUGUAGUUGAACACAGGGAGCGCUUGUCUAUUUCUAAAGAAAGGGAUGCAAUUCUGAACUGUUCAAAAAAAAAAAAAAAAAUGAAACCAGCGACGAGCGGACAGUCUGCUGGUGUCCUUCUGACUUCUGUGCUUUUCUUUUCACCUUCCUCGUCCUCCCCCCUCCCCCUCCCCUUUGGAGCAGAUUGUUUUGAUGUCUAGAAACCAAUUCUAGUGCAAAAAAUGUUGUGUGUGAUGUAGUGAUGGGAUUUGUUGCUGACCAUGUAUCUGUACAUUCUGACUUGCCACUUGAGAAAUCUUUUCUCUGGAGAGUUACACACUGCAGAGUUGCUUGGAGUGCUGGUCACCCCUCUCGGAGGAAUUAGUAUCUCCCAACGGAUCCGGGAAUAACGCCAUUGUCGAUUUUCUAAUGAUGAGCCGUUCUACGCCACUGCGUGUUUUCUGUAGGCGGAGAAAGCUAAAACUCACACCAUGCCCUUUCAGCAAAAUUUCAGCAAAGUUCCAAGCUUCAUGUUGUCUCAAAACCCGAGGUGCAACUUGUAAACGAAGCUUGGGCAUUCAGUAAAUUCAGCUGCUCUUAUCAUUCCCCCAACUUUAUAAAUAGUUCAUUUUUUUUGUGUUUUUAAAAUAGUUGUGGAGGAUAUGAGCACACAGGGAUUAUACACUUGCAUGGAAAUGGGUCAAGCCUUUAGUAAUAGGUUUGUGCUACUUUUGUUAUCUUGUAGAAAUAUUUUGUUGAAAGGCUUCCAUAGCGGAGGCCACGUCUCCUCCCUGCCUCCCCCAUUUCCAUGGCUCCCCUAGGUCUUGCGUUAAGUUGGUGUAAAGCUUUAGUUUCUUUUGUAGGCCUUUCAUCGCACAGAGUGACACGUUGUGGUGAGGUCGCAUUAUGGAGUCAUGUAAAUUGUAAUUAUAAAUAAACAUGUAAAUGUUUAACUGUU